ACACACACACACACACACACACACACACACACAGGCACAGACACACAGAGACAGACACACACAGGCACACGCUCACUGCAAAUAGCUCUGUUCUCCGGCGGUACAACGUGAGGGAUCGACGUUAAUUUCGCGUGUAAAAAUCGACGUUGCGAAAUACAUUGUCUGAAGCGCUUUUGCGACAAAGGCGAAAGAAGAAAGGGCUGGUGAUCUAUAAGACUUGCACGACUCUGCUAAAGGGACACACUGCAAUCAAUGGGGGACCCAGGCCUCAGCUCUCCCACCCAGCCUUUGUCCUCCCCCCGCUCCCCCCUCUCCCUCCCUUUUGGGUUGCUGCGGGAGGGCAGUAGGGUGUGGGACAGGGGCCAGCCUCAUUUCGGGGGGGAGCUGCCCAGCCCCCUGGCCACCAAACGGACCCGAACCUACUCUGCUUCUUCUCGUGCUGCGGCUGGUUCUCUCUGCAGGGGUUUCUGUAAAGACUUCUCCCGCUCGCGGGGUCACGGCUUCAUCACCCCGGCCUGCGGAGGAGAGGACAUCUUCGUGCACAUCUCAGAUAUCGAGGGGGAGUACGUUCCCAUUGAGGGGGACGAGGUCACCUACAAGGUGUGCUCCGUCCCGCCCAAGAACCAGAAGAUCCAGGCGGUGGAGGUGGUGAUCACUCACCUGGCCCCCGGAACCAAGCAUGAAACCUGGACAGGACACAUCAUCAGCCAGACUAAGCUAGCAUUGAUUACAGGAGAGGGGAGGAGAGGACAGGAAGUCGAGGUGAUCUGUGAGCGGACUGAGGCUCACUGCUUCCCCUCCCGAUCUCGGGCGCUCGAAGCCUCCGUCUAG